AUGAAGUCCGUCGCUACCGUGGCGACCGGCUCACUGCUGGCUGCUGUUGCGCAAGCACAGGUGGUCCAAUGGGACAUUCAGAAGCGGGCCACCAAGCACAAGGAUGGAAUCCUGAGGCGUGACGCAUCGACCAUCACCGAAGUCAUCACAAACGAAGAAGCUAGGGGAGGAUACUUUGCCUCCGUGUCAAUUGGAACGCCGCGCCAGAACUUGACCUUGCAACUCGACACCGGCAGUAGCGAUAUCUGGGUCCCAUCGAGUAGCGCAUCUGUUUGUUCAACCUCUUCCUCUGGCAGUCGAGGCGGAUCAAGUAGCAGCAGCGACGGCUGCACGUUCGGUUCCUUCAAUUCGGAUGAUUCGAGCACCUAUACUGUUGUCGGCCAGGAUGAAUUCAGUAUUUCCUACGUCGAUGGAAGUUCUUCCAAGGGCGACUACUUCACCGACGACUUUGAAAUUGGUGGUACCAGUCUUAGCAACGUGACAAUGGGUCUUGGUGAGGAAACUGAUAUUGCAUACGGUCUGGUCGGAGUCGGUUAUGCCAUCAACGAAGCCAUCGUCGGUACCGAGCAGUCCUAUUCGGCCGCAUACGAUAACCUGCCUGUUCAGAUGCAAAAGGAGGGUCUCAUUGCCACCAACGCUUACAGUCUGUGGUUGAACGAUCUUGAUGCAAGCACUGGCAGCAUUCUAUUUGGUGGAAUUGACACAGACAAGUACGAGGGUGACCUGAGCCGUAUCGACGUCAUCCCGGACUCCAGUUCUGGUCGUUACACCUCGUUUGAGGUGUACCUGACAUCAGUCACUGCCAACUCUUCUUCCGGUAGCGACAGCCUGUCUUCGAGCGAAUAUCCCAUUCCUGUUGUGCUGGACUCUGGCACCACUCUGAGCUACCUCCCCACCGACCUUGCUUCCCAAAUGUGGGAGGAAGUCGGUGCUAUCUACUCUAGCGAUCUCCAGUCUGCCAUUCUGCCGUGCUCCAUGGCUAGCAGCUCUGGUCAGUUCCUCUUCCAGUUUGCAGGCAGCGAAGGCCCCCAAAUCGCUGUCGGCAUGGAUGAACUUGUCCUCUCGCUCGUCACAUCGGGCUCCAACCCCACCUUCUCCUCUGGUGAAUACCAAGGACAAGAAGCCUGCCAAUUCGGUGUCCAGAACUUCAGCAGCGAUCCGUUCCUUCUCGGCGACACCUUUUUGAGAUCAGCCUAUGUUGUCUACGAUCUGGUGAACAACCAAAUCGGAAUCGCCAAGACUGACUUCAACGCCACCACUUCCAACGUUGUCGCAUUUGCCAGCGAAGGUGCUGAGAUUCCGAGCGCCACCGCUGUUGCCAACCAAGUCACCAGCUCUGCCGGCAGUGGUUCAGUCACGACUCCCACGUAUGGCGCAAGUGCUGGCUUCGGAACAAAGAGUGCCGCUUCAUCAGUCCCUGCUUUUGAUUGGGCCAAGGUCGGUGUCAUGGGCGCAGCCACUCUGUUCAUGUUUGUGGGCAGUGGCUUCUUCCUUCUAUAG